AUGAUCCCACCUCCUCAAGAGAUUACAACCAUUCCAAAGAAGAUAAAAAGUGUUGAUGAAUUAAUAAUUAAAUGUCAAUGUUGGGUAACAAACAAGGAGGAUGGUGAGAGACUAGCAGAAAUUUUGUCUAUCAAUACCAGAAGAGACCCCCCAAGAUUCUACGUUCAUUAUAUUAAUUACAAUAAACGUCUAGACGAAUGGAUAACAGGUGAAAGAAUCAAUUUGGAUAAAGAUAUAUUGUAUCCAGUUCCCAAAGAACCUACUUUAGAUAAUAUAAAAAAUAAACGAUUAAAGAAGAAGAAACAGACUACUCCAGUUGUGUUAGAAAGUAGUGUUGAAUUAAAACAUAAAGGAUCUGAAGUUUCUGUUUCACCUGAAUCUACUGAUAUAAUGGACUUAGAUAAUUUAAAUGUGCAAGGUCUUAAAAAUAAUAAUUUGUCGCAUGAAGAUGAAAUUAAAAAAUUAAGAACAUCCGGUUCAAUGACACAGAACCCUCAUGAAGUGGCAAGAGUUAGAAAUUUAAAUAAAAUAAUUUUUGGCCAAUAUGAGAUUGAACCUUGGUAUUUUUCUCCAUAUCCUAUAGAAUUAACUGAUGCUGACCAAAUAUAUAUAGAUGAUUUUACUUUGCAAUAUUUUGCAUCCAAGAAACAAUAUGAAAGAUAUAGGAAAAAAUGUACUUUACGUCAUCCACCUGGCAAUGAGAUCUACCGAGAUGAUAAUAUAUCAUUCUUUGAAAUAGAUGGUAGAAAACAAAGAACUUGGUGUAGAAAUCUAUGUCUAUUAUCAAAAUUGUUUUUAGAUCAUAAAACCUUAUAUUAUGAUGUUGACCCAUUUUUAUUUUAUUGUAUGACUAAAAGAGAUAAAUUGGGCCAUCAUUUAGUAGGAUAUUUCUCUAAGGAAAAGGAAUCUGCUGAUGGAUAUAAUCUAGCUUGUAUUUUAACAUUACCACAAUAUCAAAGAAUGGGGUAUGGUAGAUUAUUAAUUGAAUUCUCUUACGAAUUAUCAAAGAAGGAGGGCAAAGUAGGAUCACCUGAAAAACCAUUAUCUGAUUUAGGUUUAUUAUCAUACAGAGCAUAUUGGUCUGAUGUAUUGAUAAAACUACUGGUAGAACAUGGUAAAGAAAUUACUAUAGAUGAAAUUAGUUCCCUGACAUCGAUGAACACUACAGAUAUUCUUCAUACUGCUAAGACUUUGAAUAUUUUAAGGUAUUAUAAAGGCCAACAUAUAAUAUUUUUGAAUGAUGACAUUUUAAAAAGAUAUGAAAUUUUGCAAAAGAAAAAAAGAAAUCAUAUUGAUCCAACCAAAUUGAAAUGGAAAGUACCAGUGUUUACAGCAUCACAACUGAGAUUUGCCUGGUAA